AUGGAGGCGCUCGAGAAGGCGGCGAAGAAGCAGCAGACGCUCACGAAGGCCACCCACAAGAGCCUCGACAACUUCUUGGCGGCUAUUCAGAAGACGAGGGAGCGCAUCCAGAAUAACGAAAGUCCAGCGGAGGCAGCGCAAUGGCUAGCGGGGCUGGCGAAGGAGAUGGAGUCGACCGUGACCAAGGAGCAGAAGGACCUGUACAACAGUGCCAGCAAGGUCGGCAAGGUCCUCGAGGGCGCCUUCAUCCCGGACCUGGCCGCCGCGACGCGCGACGCGCGCAUGCCGCGCGAGGCGCUCGACCUGGUCGUCUGCGAGCAUCUGUACCGCGCCGGCCACUUCGACGCGGGCGACGCCUUCGCGCGGGAGGCCGGCAUCAGCCAGGCGCAGGUCCUCCGCGCCCCGUACGAGGAGAUGCACCGCAUGCUGCAGAGCAUGCGCGCCCGGGACCUCGACCCUGCCCUGCAGUGGUGCCAGCAGCACCGCGCAGCGCUGGGCCCGGACCGCCACCUCGAGUUCAUGCUGCGGAAGCUGCAGUUCCUCCACCUGCUACAGAACGAGGGGCGCAGCGCGGCGCUGCGGUGCGCGCAGCAGCACUUUGGGCCGCUCGCAGAGUCCCACCUCCCUGAGAUCCGCCGCCUGAUGGGCUCGCUGCUCUUCGCGGGCCGCCUCGAACGCAGCCCCUACGCGGAGCUGCUGUCCUCCGAGGCCUGGGAGGACGCCGCGGAGGACCUCCUGCGACAUGCGUGUGCGCUCGUUGGCCAGUCGUCCGAGAGCCCGCUACUCGUCGCCGUCGCGGCGGGUUCCUGGGUCCUGCCCACCCUCGUCAAGAUGUCGACCCUGGUUGGACGCACCGGCGUGCCGGGGACGCCCGGGCGCCCGCCGGCCGGCAGCACCGCGCCCGCCGCGGCCAGCACGGUCGCUGCGGCCGCCGGACGCGGCGACGGGCCCGAGGGGGUACUCGAGCAGCUCCCGGUGGAGCUGGAACUAGGCAAAGAGUUCCUGUUCCGAUCCGUGUUCUCCUGCCCCGUGAGCCGGGACCAGAGCAGCCCGGACAACCCUCCGAUGCUGCUCACGUGCGGCCACGUGCUGUGCAAGGAGAGCAUGCUCAAGCUCGCGCGCGGCAUGAGUCGGACGUUCAAGUGCCCGUACUGCCCCGUGGAGGCGUCGGAGGCCACGGCCAAGGAGAUCCACUUCCCGAACCUCGAGCAGGAGCGGCUGAUGAGCAUCCGGCACGCGCUGCAUGUCGGGGACAGGAUGACGGGCGGCGCGGACCUGCACGGCGCGGCGGGGCGGAAGAACACGGUGCCGAGCGACAGGAUGGAGGUGGACGGCGCGGGGAGCUAG